AUGAAGAGGGAAGGUCGCCAACAUGGCAUGGUAAGAACCUACCGGAUCAUCCCUUCCCCAUGGAACCCCAGACCCGAAACUCGAUUCGUUAACGAGCUUGAUUUCCCUCCUACUGCUGGCCUUUUCACUAAGGUCUCAUCCAAGCCUACCAACCACUCCAAGUUCACCGGAAAAUGCAGCAAGCCUCGAUGCUCUGGUUGCAGGCUACACCCAGUUCAAAAGGCCAAGGAUAAAACCAAGGGAUCUCGUAAGUUCAAGUUUCACCAACUCCUCAUUGACUUCUCAAUGGAUGACUUCAAUGAAUGCCCGAGCAUCAUCGAUGAUGACAGUGACGAUCAGUCACUGGAGGAAAUAGAUGUUAAGUUGAGGGUUGGAGAUAUUCAUCGCCACGACGACGAUGACUAUCAGCUGCAGAAAGUAACAGAUUUUGAAUCAAGGGUUGAAGGUAUUCAUCAUCAUGUGGAUGAUGAAGAUGAAAGGAGUUACCACAAAGUGGAAUUCGUCGUGGACGAAGCAGUGGAGGGAGAUGACAGUUGGUGUUUGGUAGAAGAAAGACAAGCAAUCUAAUGGACAAUGAGGCAGUUGGAAAGUAACAGGCAGCUUGCAUCCAUAGCUGUGUGACUUUUCUGCCUCAAAACUUUAAUCAAUGUGGAUAUGAAUAAUGGUUUCAAUCUCUAUUCAAACUUUACGAAGUGGGUUCUCUCUGUAAAUCCAGGAUUAGAGGGAAACACUUGGAAUAUCUAACUCUGUUCUUUGUAUAUCCUUUUCAUUCAAUCUUUCACUGUUUUCUAUUUCCCCAA